AUGGCCUCACCCACACUCGCCUCAUCCUCCCGAACUUUGCUCUCCCUCCUCUCAUUCUCCACCCUCGGCUCGACCAGGGGAGUCCUCCAUCGAGCCAGACCACCUCGUAUCCCAGUCCUCCAAUCACCUCACACCCCCAAGACACCCCUUCCUACAAGCGGUACUUCCCAUCCUAUCGAUCCCAAGAUUCACGGUCAACUCACCCCAUCGUCCUCAUCGGUGCUAUUGGAAGAUACAGGUCUGACAUUCCAUCACGCUCCCCCACCCUCUUUACCUUCCUACACUACUGGUGCUGUCCCACCGCUGUUACAGUGGUUAGGCGGGAAGAGCAUCACGUUAACGGGGGAAGAACAAGCUUCGAAAAUGGUCGAGAGAAGGGUUUACGAAGGUGAAUUGGAAUGGUCAGAGGAUUUGGUGGAGAAGAUGGUACAGUUGAGGAAUGAAGGUAAAAGUAGGAAAGAAAUUGGUGAUGCCUUACAAUUACCAAAAGAUCAAUAUCGAUUAAUAUCAAGAGUCGCACCUCAAACAUCCGUACAGAAAGCAAGCAAGUUGACAGAAUUGGAAGAACAGAAAUCUACUUGGGGAUAUAGAAAGAAAUUGUCAAGAGCAGUGAGGGAGAAGAGGAAGGAGUUUUGGUAG